CAACAAGAGGGAGAGAGAGAGAGAGAGUGCCAGAGUGCCAAGGAACACCUCUCGUUCAUCAUGUCGAAAUAUACGCCACAAUACAGUGCUCUAGGGCGAGUGAACAACAUGCAGCAAGAAUACCCAACUCAGAAGUGCAAGUAUUUCUUUGCUGGCUUCAUCACAGCCCUUCUCAUCACUCUGAUAAGUGGCACAGUGUUUCAGCUGUGCCUCUACUCCUCCAACCCUGUGGUUGUAUCAUCUGGGGCAGCACGGCACACCUGGCCGGCCCCGCCCCCCCAUGAAGAGGUGGCCAGAGUGGCGCGCUAUGUGGUGCACAUCUCAGACUGGGCCUCCAUCUCCACCAUCUCCACGGCGCCCCCCAUCAAGGGCUACCCAUUCGGCAACAUAAUCAGCAUCAGCGACGGCCCGGUGACCAAGGCCACGGGCACCCCCUACGCCUACCUCACCCGCAUGGACCUCAGCGGCAAGGACUUACUAGAUGAUGCCCGCGCCACACUGUCACUGUCGGAGGCCCAGUCGGACUACUGUAGGAACCACGACUUUGACCCCGAGAACCCCCAGUGUGCCCGCGUCCUGUUGACUGGCACCAUGCUGGAGGUGAAGAAUGGAACGAGUGAAGCCGAUUUUGCAAGAACGGCUCUCUUCUCAAGACACCCAGAAAUGGAGUUUUGGCCUGCCGGUCACCACUGGCUGUUUAUGAAGCUCAACAUCACCCACAUCUACGUUCUGGACUACUACGGGGGCGCCAACGAGGUGUCCGUUGAUGAGUACUACAACACACACCUGUGAGGGCCACGCCACGCACCACCACGGUGACACCACUCACGCCAGAUUUUAUAAACAUCGUAAUAGCAUUUGUUAACAUUUACACGGCUAGUUUGGCUUUUUUUAUUUCCACUUUUGGGACUGAGUUUAAGAUAUUUUCACAAUCAAGUCAACAUUACAAACUCAAGUCAUAGAGAGUGAUACGAAAACUCAAAAAGUCAUAUUAUUAGUAUUUAUCAACAGUUAUGUGGCUAGUUUGAUUUUUUAAUUACAUUUUUGGGAUAGAGUUAGUUAGAAGUGUUGGAUUUUCAUAGUUAAAAUGACACUUCAAACAUAAAAAAUAGAAAAUGAUACAAAAGAUCCACAAAACCAACUAAACACACCUUGAAAAACGGCUCCAAAAAGAAGAAUCAGCUACGUUGUUUGUAAAGACUAAUCCAACACCACAAACUCAGUCUCAAAAAGUGAUACAAAAAAACCAACAAAACCAAUUAACCUCACAUUGAAAAACAGGUAAAAAAAAGACAGAUCAGCCACAUUAUCAUUACUAAACACUAACAUGAUGGCUAGAAAAUCAGGCAUCAGUGAAACAUGUGGUAUUUGUAGUUUCUUAUGUCAUGUUAUUGGGGUGAAAAGCUCUGUUUACCUGUGUUGGCUUUGGGCUCAGGUAGUCUGGACAUAUAUACUUUGCCUAAUAUGCUUUACCUGCCAUAGAGGGCUUGGGACAGUUACAAGACAUGAAUUUGUGUAUAUUUUUGUAUAGCGUGAAAGAAAGAGAGAGAAAGAAAAAGAAUGAAAGAUAAGGAAGAAAGAAAGAGUGAAAGAAGAGGAAGAAAGAAAGAAUUAAAGAAAAGAAAGGGAAUGAAAGAAAGAAAGAACAGAAGAAGAAAAGAGCAAAUGAAAGACAGAAAAAGAAUGAAAGAGAGAAAGAAUUUGUCACCUUUUAAACUGUCAACAUAAAAAUAUCCAGUUACUAUUAUAAGCUUCUAUAGUCAAUAAUAUACAUGUGAUAGCCAUAUAUAUUCCUUCUAAAGAUCUUGUAUGUUAUUUCCUAGUUAUUCCUGUAGCAUAAUCCAAGGUUGUGCAAUGUGCAUAGGUAUUAAGGAAGAGUAGAUCGUUUCAUUCAAUUAUUAAAAGGUGUUCGGUAAUGGUGUUAAGUUUCUGUGUACUUGUGAAUACUUAACCCGGUAGCAGCGACGGGCCAAAUUUAUGGCUUUACCGUGUACCAGCGACGGGCCAAAUUUUUGCCCUGAUAUAAACCCCAAAAAAAUAGAUGAUGCAUAAACUGAUCACAAAUGCAUUGAUAUAUAUUAUGAAAUGGUUUGCGCGAGUGAUGAUUUUUUUCUCAUUAAUUUGCUUAGAGGGGCCUUUUAAGAAACACGAUCCUCGCAGCUACCGGGUUAAGGUUGAGACGGAAAGACAAACACAGCAGAAUUAGAUGACCGAUUGGAAAAAAAGUUAGAGGUUAAGACUGUCACUAUGGCAUGUCCUUAAUAUGAUCUUCCGCCUAAGAGUGAUUGAGGUGGCAAGGCUUUGUUUGUUUAGAAAGACAAUGAAUGGACGAGAUAGACAGACAAACACAACAGCCAAUAAGAAAGUAGAAAGAAUAAGUCAUAAAGGAAGUAAAAGCUGUAUUAAACUGUGGUGUCUCCUUACUAUGAUCUUCCUUCCAAGUAUAUGUUGUGUUUUAAUGUAUUGAAUUGGCAAGGGCCGUGUUUGUUCAGAGGCAAUAUGAGAUAGACUUCAGAAGACUUGUAUUAGUGUAGGAGUUUGGUUCCUAAAUGACUGUAUUGUUCCAUCGUUUUAGGGAGGUUUCAUAUGGUCUUCCUCCUAAGUAUUGUAUUUUAUUGUAUUGAAAUGCCAAGGUUGUUUAGAAAGGCAAAAAGCGGCUAACUUAAGAAGAUUGGUAUUAGUGUCGGAGUUUGGUUCCUAAAUGGCUGUUUCCUUGAAUCAUUUUGGAAGGUUUCACAAAUGAUGAGAUUAUAUAUAAAGCAAUAUGAAGUUACGAGUUUAUUAGUCAAACAGUGAUAAUGUGCCUUGUUAUCUGUACACUUGAGAUUAUAAGAGCAUUCGACAACCCAACGCACAAGAUAAAGAUGAAUGGAAAUACUUGUUCAGAAUCUCAUGGGUGUCAGCUGCUUCAGAUAAUUAACUAUAUUUUUACAGUCAGAACUAUCUGAUAACACCUUUACCAACUCGGGCCACUUUUCUCUUAGCACGGGGGCUUCGUGGUGCAGUGGGUAGCACACUCGGCUCACAACCGAGAGCCCGAAUUCGAUUCCCGGGCGGAGUGGAAAAAUUUGGGCGGCUUUUCCGAUACCCUACGCCCCUGUCCACUCGGCAGUGAAUGGGUACCAAGUAUUAAUCGGGGGUUGUGUCCCGUCUCCUCUAGGCUAAUUCCUUCCCCUCCUGUCUCUCUCCGGCAUAUGACCACAGAUGUUGCGCCGACUAAACGAAACUUUCCAACUUCUCUUAGCAUAUUUCACAUUUAUUCCUGCCAUUUCACUUAUUUUCACACAACAUUUAGCUGGUAAUGAUUGAUUGGACUAUAGGUUCAUGGCGCAGCAACUACAGUGGUCAUAUGGCACCAAACAUAUCUGAGUUACUUAAAAUCAGAAGUAUAAAAAAACAAAAAAUGCAUUAUAAAAAUUCUAAAAACAAGAUAAAACUAACCACUGUUGACAGCAAGCCUAGAUGGUAAUGAUGGUGUUAAAUCAGGUAAAAUUUCUGUUCCACUAUGAAUAUUAGACAUUAUAAAAGGGAUUCACAGAUAUUGUAGGCAAGAACAUAAACAUAACUAUUAGACAGCAACUUUCUUCUUCUUCCCCUUCUCCAUUUUUAGGCCAUCUUUACCCAUUCUCGGGGUCAGAUUUGCUAUGAUCCUCUGUCUAAUGCUAAUCUUUCCUCUAUAUCUAACAGUUCCAAGUCUUGUUGUACUGUUCCUCUCCAUGUUCUCUUUUUUUUUCCAGCAAAGGAGACAGUUCAAGGGCAUAAAAAAAACAAUAAUGAAAAAAAAAAAAGCCCACUACUUACUGUUUUGUUAGUCUGAGGAAUCAAUAAAGAGGAAAGACUAGAUAACCUCACAGCACUUAACAUCACCCAGCAACAAAUAUCCAAGAGUGUUUCCAAGAAUAUGUCAAGGUGGAACUUGUUGAAUGCUCUCAUAAAUAGCCUCGUCCAAAAGCUCAUUACCUGUAUUACUAAAGAUUUAAUGCGUUUACAAUAUAUAUUUUUCAAACAAAAUGC